AUGCAAUAAUAUGAAGGAUUGAUAGAAGAAAACACAUAAUUAAAGAAAGCCAUAAUCUCUUCGAAGGCUGUUAUAAGUAGAAAGAUAAGUAAUUUAUAUUCAUUAACAUUUUAGAUGAAUAUGAGACUUUGUAGGCAAUUAAUGAGGAACUUAAAUUGAAUCUAGAUAAAAUGAGACUAGAGAAUUAAGAUUUAUUGUAAAAGUAUAAAAUUGCCAUUCAUGAUAAAAAAUAAACAGAAUAACAAUUUGAUAAUGCUUCAAAGAAUUGGAAACUUUUGAUUGAAUAAAAAUAAAGAGAAAUAGAAGAAAUAUAAAGCAGAUUAACACCUGCAUUUGAUUAAGAUAUGAUGAGAAUUAAAUUAUUAAAUGAAUUAGAUUUACCUCAUAGAUAAUAAUUAGAACAAAAAUAAUUAGAAAUUGAAAAAUUAAAUGAAAUUAUCUAUUAAUUGAAAAGAAAGAUUGAUUUAGAGUUAUCAAGAGUAGAAACUAUACAAAUUGAUAAAGAUAAAGAAAUUAAAUUAAUAUCAGAAAAACACAAAUUGGAUUUAGCAGAUCUUUAACAUCAAAUUGAAGAGCUAACUAGAUAAGUAGAAGAUAAUAAAGAUAGAGAUACUAUUAGAAGAUUAAGAAAAGAUUUAGAAGAAUAUAAAUUAAAAUUUAAUGCUACAGAUACUGAAAAUGAAGAAUUAAGAAAUGAAAGAGAUAAAAUUAGAGAAGAGAAAAAUGAUAUCAUGAUUAAAUUUGCUAGAUAAUUAGAUUAGGAAAGAAAUGAUAAAAGAUAAUUCAAGAGUGAUUUUGAUAAAUUAUAAGUACGAACUAGAUUUUUAGAAGAUGAAUAUAGAAAAGAAAAAUAGAGAAGAGAAUAAGUGGCUACUGAUUUUGAAAUUUUAAAAACAGAUAAAGAUUAAUUAUUAACAGAUUUGAGAAAAAAAGAUGAUACUAUUCAUUAUCUUUAAAGAAAAAUAACUGAUAUGGAAGAAGAAUAAUUAGAAUAAGAAUAAAAAGUUUAAGAUAAAUUAACUCGUCUUUAUUAAGAUGAACAUGAUAAGUAUUUAUAAGAGAGAAAUAAAGCAGUUACUUUAUAAAAGGAUGUAGAUAAUUUAAAAAAAAGAUAUAGUGAUCUUCAAGAUGAUUAUAAAGUAUUGAGAGAUAGAUAUUAGAAAGAAAAUAUAGAUAAUAAAGAUUCUACAAGAGUACAGAAUGAAGAAAUUGAGAAAUUAAAAAAGACACUUUCUUAAUAAACAAAAGAAUUAGGUGAUUUGGAGAGAUCAAAUAAAAAUAAAGAAGAACAAAUUCAUGAUAUAGAGAAUGAAAAUGAAACAUUAAAAAGAAGAAAUAGAGAACUUUAACAUAGAAUUUAGUUAAUUGAAAUAAAUCCAAUUUAAGGUCCUAUUUAAACUUAACCUAUAAUUAAUUAAUCUUAAAUUCCAACAAUUAGUUAAGUGCCAUAAUUUGUUUAAUAAAGUUAAGAACAAUAUGAAACAACUAAACAAAAUAAAGUUUAAAAUGUAAUAUAAUCAGAGAAUGACCCAUAAAAUUAAUAAUAAUUUUAAGCAUAAAAAUAAUCUCUAUAAUAAAUUACUGAAGAAAAUAGAACAUUAAUAUAAAAGAAUAAAAAACUAAAUAAAAAACUUAAAUAAGCAAAUGAAAAAAUUCUUGAACUUUCAAUGAAAAAUACAAUUUUAGAAAAAUAAUUAUAAAGAUAACAUUCAUAAAAAUCUCAAUAAGAUUUUGAUAGAUCUAACAUUGGUAUGCAUGCUCAUUCUUAAUCUCCAUUUAAAUAAGAGCAUUAUUAGUAAUAGGGAAAUGAUACAGGUGGAUAAUAAUAAAGUGUACAUACAGAUACACGAUUAGAUAGAUAUGAAAAAUAAGAAAAAUAAGAGAGAUAAACUCGUUAAGAUAGAUUUACACCAUAAUCUUAAAGACCAAGAGGUCAAUCUGGUUUAGAUGCUCGUGGAAACUUAGGUUAGUAAAUGGAUAUAAAAGAUGAUGAAUUAUUGAAUAAAGUAAUGAUGUUGACAGAUGCUUCAGGAUAAAAUAAAUAUUGGUGA